GCAAGCGUAGACUUGAAGUCUCCGCUAACUUAAAAAAAGAAGAAAAAAAUAGACAUGAACCACCGUGACACCGUGUACUACCAUUCGUUGAUUAAUCGUGUUUGAGCUCUCUGUUCUGCUACCGUGCUGUGUGGUGCUUCGAUUACAGCUUAUCCAUGGACACAGCUUGCAUACGAUUUGCUUUAGGAGCCAUCCUCCUCCACCUGCUGUUGUUGUCCCUCCCUAACCUUUCCAUAGCAGAGUUUAUUUAUAGUCCCCAUGAGAUCUUCAGCAUCAACUGUGGCUCUAACAGUAGCUUGUCCACGCGCGAUGGUCGCAAUUGGACUGCAGACAUCAAAUUCCUCUCAGAAAACAAGGACUCAGUUGCUGCUCCUGCACUCACACCAUCUACCCUGGAAGGUCCUUACACCGAUGCUCGUUUCUCUCACUCCCAAUUCACUUACUCUUUCCCUGUCUCCACCGGCCCUAAGUUUCUUCGCCUCUUCUUCUACUCAACUUCCUACCAAAACUUCCAUCGCUCCAAAGCCUAUUUCUCAGUCAAAGCAGGCCCAUACAUCCUCCUUCAGGAUUUCAACGCUUCCCUCCAUGCUGAUGCUGGUAACGAGCCUGGCGACUACUUGUUCAGGGAGUAUUGCAUCAACCUCAAAGAUGGCGACCGGCUCAACAUAACCUUCAUUCCAAGCAAAACAUCUCAGAAUCCAGAUUCGUACGCUUUCAUCAAUGGAAUAGAGAUUGUUUCAAUGCCCCCUUUUCUCUACUACACCAAUCCUGAGGACGACAACACUGGAUGGCCUCAACCAGUUGGCCUCAAUACGAACCCGUUCCCCAUUGAAAACAACUUUGCUCUGGAGACAAAUUAUCGGUUAAGAGUUGGAGACCAACAAAUCCCGGCCUCACAGGACACGGGUAUGCUCAGGAUCUGGGAUGUGGAUAACAAAUAUGUAACGACUCAAAGUGUACUAUCUCUAGAUAUUGGCAUUGGAAUUAAGCUGAGAUUCACAAAGAUUCCUAACUACACGGCACCAGACACAGUGUACCGAUCCGUAAGGAAUAUGGGAAGUAAUGGCACCAUCAACAUGGGGUUCAACCUCACAUGGCAACUUCCCGUUGAUUCAGGCUUCACCUACUUGCUAAGGUUACACUUUUGCCAGCUUGACCCGGAUAUGAAAAAUCCUGGUUACCAGAGCUUCUUCAUAUUCGUUCAGGAUCAGUUGGUUGAAAUGUGGGCAGACAUUCUCGGUUGGAGCGAUAAACAGGAGGGUGUCCCAGUGGUUAAACAGUAUGUAGUUUUCAUCCCAGGGAAUCAGCAGGAAACGCUUAAUCUUUCACUGAAAAUGCAUCCUAACCCUCAAAGCUUGGCCAAGGACGCUCAAAUAAACGCAAUUGAACUCUUCAAAAUCAACGACCCAACAGGUAACCUCGCUGGACCUAACCCAGACUCUCAUCCAAAGACCUCCGAGGUUCCUCUUCUGAGCUCAAACAAGAAAAGCAAAGGCAGCACGAGAACCCUAACAGCCGCCGUCGCAGGCGCAGUUUCCGGUGUCGUUAUGUUAUCCCUUACUGUUGCUUUCUUCCUCAUCAAACGCAAGAAGAACAUGGCCGUCAACGAAGGUUCCAAUAAAAAAGGUGGAACUUCUCGAGGCGGUGGCUCAUCGUCGCUACCAACCAACCUCUGCCGUAAGUUCUCAAUCGCGGAAAUCAGAGCCGCCACCAACAACUUCGACGAACUCUUCGAGGUUGGAUUGGGAGGCUUCGGCAACGUGUACAAAGGAUACAUCGACGACGGUUCAACAUGUGUCGCAAUCAAAAGGCUCAAACCCGGUUCUCAACAAGGUCUGAACGAGUUCUUGAACGAGAUCGAAAUGCUGUCUCAACUUCGCCAUCUCCAUCUUGUUUCCCUCAUCGGUUAUUGCUACGAGAACAACGAGAUGAUACUGGUUUACGAUUUCAUGGAUCAAGGAACCCUCCGGGAGCAUCUCUACGGCACUGAUAACCCUUCCCUUUCAUGGAAACAAAGGCUUCAGAUAUGCAUAGGUGCAGCACGAGGACUGCAGUAUCUGCAUACGGGUGCGAAGCACAUGAUCAUUCACCGUGACGUGAAGAGCACCAACAUCUUAUUGGAUGAGAAAUGGGUGGCCAAGGUUUCAGACUUCGGGUUAUCCCGAAUUGGGCCCAUUGGUUCUUCAAUGACCCAUGUGAGCACUCAGGUGAAAGGUAGCGUUGGAUAUUUAGACCCGGAGUAUUACAAACGACAGCGUUUGACUGAGAAGUCUGACGUGUACUCCUUUGGGGUGGUGCUCUUGGAGGUAUUGUCUGGGAGGCAGCCUUUGCUCCGCAUGGUGGAGAAGCAACAGGUGUCACUGGUUGAUUGGGCGAAGCAUCUAUAUCAGAAGGGUUCUCUGGGUGCCAUUGUGGAUGCAAAACUAAAGGGCCAGAUAGCAACUCAGUGUUUGAACAGAUUUGGCGAGGUUGCGCUAAGCUGUUUGCAUGAGGAUGGGACCCAGCGUCCUUCCAUGAAUGACGUCGUUGGGGUGUUGGAGUUUGUUCUGCAGCUUCAGGAUAGUGCUGUUAAUGGAGUGGUGCCUUUGGUGGUGAGUGGUGGGGAUUAUGAAGAUAGUGAAGACAUGUUUAGCAGUACCCACAGUAGUAUACAACCUUCGGAUUAUAGUAACAGCACUGGGUUGAACACCACAAGCUAUGGGAGUAAGGAAUCCGACAGGUUAAUCGUCCCGGAGAAUGUUUUCUCUGAGAUUAAUGAUCCCAAGGGACGAUGAAGUUACUGUUCAAGUUCAGGUUGAGUUUGGUGUUUACUGUUCAAAAUAAGAAACAUAGUUGGAAUGUUGGUUAUAUAUUAUGUGAAAUUAGAUAAACUAUUUGGAGAUACCUAUAUAGAAAUCUAGAAGUUCUUUAAGUUUAGAAAAGUGUUCAAAUAUUUAGAAGUGCAUGUGAAUUAGGAAGAUGUUAGAAAUAAGAAUGUUUUUGUAGUUAUGCUUCCAUGACUCGAUAUUUGGAAUCAAGAAAGUUUGAGUUCUUUACAUCCAAAAAAAAAAAAACAGAAAGUUUGAGUUCAUUUUUAAUAAACUUUCAUUCUUUCAGUAGCUU